UUCUGGCUAAGAACUCUUCGCCGAUGCGCACUUCAUUCCCUCGACAAUGGUCAGAGAAAUCGGCGGCGACAACAUCCGAGCUUAUGUCCGAUCAACUCUGAAUCCCACCGCGACUAUCAGGUCGCGGGGAACCGUUGUAAGCAAAUCUCCGUCGUCGCCGCGCAUGGCCUCGUUCUCCAGCCGUGGUCCGAGCUAUCAAACCUCUGAACCUCCGAGAUUCUCAAGCCGGAUGUGAACGCGCCCGGAGUCAACAUUCUCGUCGGCUGGACCGGUUACGUCUGGCCAACGUCUCUCAACAGCGAUAAUCGCGAGGUCGAAUUCAACAUCAUCUCUGGCAGGUCGAUGUUGUGCCCUCACGUCAGCGGCUUGGCGGCGCUGCUGAAACAGGCCCACCCUGAGUGGUCGCCGGCCGAUCAAGUCAGCAUUGAUGACCACGGCGUACAACGUCGAUAACAACGGGAAUAAUUUAACGGACCUCGCCACCGGGGACGUGUCCAAUCCGUUCUCGGGCCACGUCGAUCCAAACCGAGCAACGAAUCCCGGCCUGAUCUACGACAUCGAUACCCAAAACUACGUAGCGUUUUUGUGCAGCAUCAGGUACAAUGCGCAGCAAAUUACGGCAUUCACGAAAGAUUCGUUGAUCGUGGAUUGCAACGCAGUCGGGCUGAAAACUCCGGGGGAUUUGAACUACCCGUCGUUCUCGGUUGCCUUCUCCGGCUUUAAAAGCGUUGUGAAGUAUAAACGAAGCGUAAGAAAUGUCGGGAAGGAGGCGAAUGCCGUGUACGAGGUGACAGUGCACGCACCAGACGGCGUGGAAGUGACCAGUAAAUUAGAGUUCGGCGAGAAGGAAGACACUCUAUUUGGGUCUAGAGAUAAAGAUAAAUCUAAUAACUAA